AUGAGUUCUCUUCGACGUUGUAACAUUCCAAAACCAAUAAUAACUAGACAUCAGUUCUCAGAUGUAUCAUAUCAUUCAAUUGAAGAAACUAUUGUUCCAUUUGCAAACGAAAAACUCAAUAAAUUUUCAGAAUUCAUACUUCAGCAAUCAGAAAAUGCUGAAAAAGCGCACAGAUUUGAAAUAUAUGAGAAAGAAGAAGUAAAUUCAUUACAAUCAAUUCACGAAUCAUCCAAAGAAGAAGUUUCCAAAAUGGAAGAAAGAGAUAAGGCAAUUUCAAUACAACUGGCAAAGAUUCGUGCAUUAACCUAUGCUCUGGAACAAGAGCAUAAAUGUAUUCGACUUACGCUUAGCAAAUAA